CACGCCACGGGAGGAAGUACGAGCCACUCGUGCGCCCAAGAAGGGACUUUUACACGGGAUCCGGCGGGUUUGUCGGGUUAGGGAGCCCGGCGCGACCCCAGCAGCGCGCCCCGCCCGGCGCCAUGCACUGCGAGGUGGCCGAGGCGCACUCGGACAAGAGGCCGAAGGAGGCCCCCGGCGCUCCGGGCCCCGGCCGCGGGCCCGCGGGCCUUGGCGCGCACAUGGCCUUCAGGGUCACCGUGAGCAGCGGCGGCUGCGGGGACGGGGGCCCGCGCGACCUGCUGCCCCGGCCGCCCGCGCCGCCGCCGCGCGCCCACGACCUUCUCCGGCCCCGGAGCCCGCGAGACUAUGGUCCGUCCAAGGCCGCCGCCGCCGGGAAGGUGAAUGGGAGCUACGGCCACUGCACCCCGGGCUCGGAGAAGAGCCUGCUGGACCUGGACCUUGCUGAGGGCCCCAUCCCCACCUGCCACCAGGGCCUGUUUCUCCCUGCGGGAACCCCACCACCCCGGGGCCACCCCCCAGCCUGCGAGAGGCUGCUGCAUUUCCCCCACCCCAGCAGGUCGCCCAGACCCCAGGCCACGUAUGUGAAUGGGGGCCUCCCGGCCACACAGCACAUCAAGCAGGAGGCCCUGCCCAACUACCGGGCCAUGACGGAGGCCCGUGCACCCCUGUCUGCCCACUGCAGGCCGCCGCCCGCUGCUGGCCCGCACGCAGACCUGGACCUGCCGGGCCGAGGCCUCGCCAACCCCGCAUCGUCCUGCUACCUUCUGGGCAGUGAACCCAGCCCAGGCCUGGGCCCCCCGCCCGAGGCCCGCCUCCCUGAAGGCAGCCUGAAGCGCUGCUGCCUCUUGGGCCUGCCCCCCGCCUCCUCGGCCUCCUCCUCACCCUGCGCCUCCUCCGACAUCACCUCCAUCAUCCUGUCCUCCCAGACAGCUCUGGUCACCUGCCUAAAUGGACUCCGGAGCCCCCCUCUGCCAGGGGACCUUGGGGCCCCUCCCAAACGGUGCCGGCCCGGCCCUGCACCCAGUGAGAGCCUCGGGGGCAGUUUGCAGCUUGAAGCCUGCCGGAGGGCGGGCUUCCUGAAGCAGGAGCCUUCGGACGAGUUCUCAGAGCUCUUCGGGCCUCACCAGCAGGGCUUGCCGCCCCCCUACCCCCUGUCCCAGGUGCCGCCCGGCCCGGGCCUUGGAGGUCUGGGGCUGGGCCUGGCGGGCCGGGUGGUGGCCGGGAGGCAGGCAUGCCGCUGGGUGGACUGCUGUGCAGCCUACGAGCAGCAGGAGGAGCUGGUGCGGCACAUCGAGAAGAGCCACAUCGACCAGCGCAAGGGCGAGGACUUCACCUGCUUCUGGGCGGGCUGCGUGCGCCGCUACAAGCCCUUCAACGCCCGCUACAAGCUGCUCAUCCACAUGAGGGUGCACUCGGGUGAGAAGCCCAACAAGUGCAUGUUUGAAGGCUGCAGCAAGGCCUUCUCGCGGCUGGAGAACCUCAAGAUCCACCUGCGGAGCCACACGGGCGAGAAGCCGUACUUGUGCCAGCACCCUGGCUGUCAGAAGGCCUUCAGCAACUCCAGCGACCGCGCCAAACACCAGCGCACCCACCUCGACACGAAGCCGUAUGCCUGUCAGAUCCCUGGCUGCUCCAAGCGCUACACGGACCCCAGCUCCCUCCGCAAGCACGUGAAGGCGCAUUCGGCCAAAGAGCAGCAGGUGCGUAAGAAGCCGCACACGGUCCCUGACACUGAGACCGAUGUCCUGACUGAGUGUCUGGCCCUGCAGCAGCUCCCUGCGUCCACACAGCUGGCCGCCAGUGAUGGGAAGGGCAGCCGCAGCCUGGGCCAGGAGCUGCUCCCAGGUGUGUAUCCCGGCUCCGUCACCUCCCAUAACGGGCUCACCUCAGGCCUCCUGCCCCCGACACAUGACGUCCCUGCCAGGCACCACCCACUGGACGCCACCACCAGUUCGCACCACCAUCUGUCCCCGCUGCCCACGGCCGAGAGCACCAGGGAUGGGUUGGGACCCAGCCUCCUCUCGCCCAUGGUCAGCCCAGUGAAGGGGCUUGGGCCACCGCCGCUGCCACCGUCCUCUCAGAGCCAUUCUCCAGGGGGCCAGCCCUUCCCCACACUCCCCAGCAAGCCGCCCUACCCGCCCUUCCAGAGCCCUCCGCCCCCGCCUCUGCCCAGCCCACAGGGGUACCAGGGCAGUUUCCACUCCAUCCAGAGUUGCUUCCCCUAUGGUGACUGCUACCGGACAGCGGAGCCCACAGCCACUGGGGACGGACUGACCGGGGAGGCCCACAAUUUCAACCCCCUGCGGCCCAAUGGCUACCACAGCCUCAGUGCGCCUUUACCUGCCACAGGCUAUGAGGCCCUGGCCGAGGCCCCAUGCCCCACACCACUGCCAGCCCAGCCACCUGAAGACGUGGUGUCCAGUGGUCCCGAGGACUGCGGCUUCUUCCCCAACGGGGCCUUUGACCACUGCCUGAGUCACAUCCCCUCCAUCUACACGGACACCUGAAGGAGGCCCUGCCCACCCUCCCCCGCAGAUGCCACCUUGCUCCCCCACCGUGCGUGCCCACCCUCCGUGUACCCAACCUGGGCAGCCCGGCCGCAGGUCCUCGUGGACACAGGUAAGGGGCUGCAGGGCCGCCCAGUGCUGGCCGGGAGCCACCGUCCGAGCCCGAGCUGGUCGCUCAGCAGUGCCCAUCAGGAUCCAUGCCCGUGGCCUUCCCAUGACUGUGUCUUCCUUUUCUCUCCCCAGUGGUUGUGAAUCACAGACCUCGUGUAUAUAAAGUGUACAGAACUUGUUUUCCGUUCCCCUGCCAGUUUUAUAUUUUUGGUUUUACAAGAAAAACAUUAAAAACUGGAAAUGAGA